AAAAAAAAAAAAAAACACCCCUCGUGUAGUCGUGCCACCGAACAAAUCGGGCCGCCAUUUUCUACCGCCGGAACAAUCAAAUAAGCCCAAAAAAACACUCUCCACCAUGUCCACACCCUCUUUCUCCCCCUCCCUCACCACCACCCAUGCGCACUUUAGCCACCCCCUCUCCUCCAUGUCUAUCCUACGCCGCCUCCCCUCUCUCACACGCAAUCUCCGCUUCUCCUCCCGCAACAACCGACGCGUCGUCACCGCCGCAGCCGUCCGUCAAGACGCCGCCAUCUGGACCCCAGCCCCACUCUCUCUAAUCGAAUCCGCCGCCGAAUCGCUCUUCCACGUCUCGAUCGACGUUUCGAGCUCCCCGGAUCUCGUGGCUUCCUACACGCGGCCCGGACAGUACUUACAGCUCCGAGUCCCCGAUGUCGAGAAGCCUUCGUUCCUUGCGAUCGCUUCUCCUCCUUCGCUCGCGGCUUCUCGUGGGGCGUUUGAGUUUUUGGUGAAGAGUAUCGCUGGAUCCACGGCGGAGAUUCUUUGUGGGUUGAAGAGAGGGGAGACUGUUGAGCUUAGCGCGGUGAUGGGGAAUGGUUUCGAUAUGGGUCGGGUUGAUCCUCCUGAGGAGUAUCCCACGGUUUUGAUUUUCGCUACUGGAUCUGGAAUUAGUCCCAUCCGAUCAUUAAUUGAGACAGGAUUUGGCGCUGAUAGAAGAUCUGAUGUAAGACUUUAUUAUGGGGCUAGGAACCUGAAAAGAAUGGCUUAUCAGGAAAAAUUUAAAGAGUGGGAAUCAUCAGGUGUCAAAGUCGUACCUGUAUUAUCACAGCCAGAUGAUGGGUGGACAGGGGAAACCGGAUAUGUGCAGGCUGCUUUUGCAAGGGCCAAACAAGUUUCAAAACCCGAGGCCGCAGGAGCGGUGCUAUGCGGACAGAAACAAAUGGCUGAGGAGAUAACGGCAAUUCUUGUAGCUGAUGGAGUGUCAAAUGACAAGUUGCUCAAAAACUUUUGACUGAUACAUUUGUUUGUAUGUUAUAGUAACUAAUGUACUGUGUCAUUAUGAUUCUUUUGCUACCAAAGUCAAACACAGAUUUUUGUAACACCUUAAAGAUAGAUAAUAAGUAAACCGUGUUGAUUUUCACUUGUCAC